UGGUUGCACCCGAUUCAAUUCAGUUUGUAUAGUGGGCUGUGCUUGCUGAGAAGGCCGCCAUGAUGUGCUUUUUUGAAUCGGUUCUUCUGCCAGCAUAACAAUGGUGGUAUGAUGCUGAUUUGACUCACACACCUCCCCCAUGUAAUGAUAUUGGGAGGGACUAAAAGCACCUACUCCCACGGCUCACUGUCUGUUUCGUCAUAAGGCAAUACCACUCAUUGCAUUUCUCACCUAUUAAUCAUAUGCCUGUGUCAGAUGUAAAGAUCCACAACUCGGUGGACGGAUAUCAGAAUAUUGGAAAUAUACCAACAAGUGUGCAUUGAUUCGAAGUGAAGCAUUUUAUUUUAGCGUGGAUAGUGAUCUGCAAAGGAGGAUUGUGAGGUCUUUCCUUGUGUUUAUACGAGCUUCAGUGCCUCUUGUGUAAAAGGAAUUGCAGCCUGGAGAAGAUUUUACAACAAUAUACUUUGUGAUCUGUCGAUGGCCCAGGACACCCAAGAUACGUAAAGAAGGAACAUUGAGAAUUGAACUAUUCUUAUCCAGUUGAUCAAAGACCAAUCAACAGAGACAGAGUAAAAGGGAAGAAGUAACCAUGAUGGAUACUGGCUAUGGGGGCCGUAUCAAUGGACACUAUGACAGUGGAAGUUCAACCUUGAAUCGUGGAGGAAAUGUAGAUGUGAGAUGGGAGAAGGAUACAGUCUCUAUCAGACGGGCCCAGGGUAUAGGGUUCGGGAUUGCAGUGAGCGGUGGUCGGGAUAACCCACAUUUCCAGAGUGGAGAGACCUCCAUCGUUGUGUCAGAUGUUGCACCCAAUGGUCCUGCUGAGGGCUUGCUCAAAAAGAAUGAUCGUAUCCUAUCUAUAAAUGGAGCCCCCAUGGAAAAUGUGUAUCAUCAAUAUGCACUUGAUUCUCUAAGACGAGGUGGAGAAGUUGCCACUAUUACAUUUAAACGCAAGGUCACAGGACCCCCUCGUAUUUCAGACACACAGCUCGAUGGCCCUGACAAUAGGCAAUCCAUAAGACUUUCAAAAAGCAGGAGUGAGAGCUAUGGGAUACGACUUGGGUAUAAACUAUUUGUUGAUAGUCUCAAUGAAUAUGGUGUUGCAGCAGCCUUGGGUCUCAGGAAAGGAGAUGAAAUCAUUAGGAUAAACAAUACCCCAGUGGAGCAGGUCAGUUUGGCCGAUGCUCAUGCAAUCAUUGAACGGUCAAGAGAUGGUAUGGACCUAGACAUCACCAGACCCAUUGCUGCAGACAAGGUGUCUAUAGCAAGUUCUAUAGAGGCAUACAAUGCUCCUCCUCUUCUAGCAGCAGUACCAUCAGGAGGAGGAGCACCACCCAGACCACCUCCACCUGAUGAAGAGGAUGAAUAUGUUCCUCCUCCCCCAAGACCACCCAGUCCAGGCCAAGAUGAUUUCAGAGAUGGUAUUCCAGUUGACCCGGAAGGAGAUGCUCAUAUGGUCAGCUUUAAUAAGGGAGGUAGUGUUGGCAUCAAACUUAUUGGAGGUAAUGAGGUUGGAAUCUAUGUAGCUGGUAUCAAACCAGGGAGCCCAGCAGAGAAUUCUGGUGUAGCCAUCGCAGACAGGAUCACAUGUGUAAAUGAUGAAAUCUAUCUCCAAGGUUUGACAAAGGAAGAGGUGGCUCUUCUUCUUCUCACAUUACCUGAUUUCAUCAAGUUAGAAGUCAGACACAGCAGAUCAGCUUUUAGAAAGGUCAUGGAAUCUGGGAGAGGAGACAAGUUCUACAUCAAAGCACAUUUUGCUUAUGAGAACCCAGUAGGUGAGGAGUUAAAGUUCCCUCGUGGAACAGUCUUCAGAACAGUUGACACAUUCCCUGAGGGUGCAAUGGGUUACUGGUAUGCAAUCAGAUUAGAUAGAAAUAACAUUGCAACAGAGAGAGGUCUCAUUCCAAACAAUAGCAGAGCAACUCAGAGUAACAUGGCGCAGCAGUCUGUAGAGACUGUCAAACUUCUCAACACAAGUGGUACUAGGAAAGAAUUUUUCAAGAGGAGGGGUAAUAGAGCCAGCAUGAGGAAGCUCAAGAACUCGGCCGUACGCAUUGAAAUUGAGGAUGAAUAUGAUGAGGUUGUCUUUGCUGGAACUCCGGGUAAAUUCCCUGCCUAUGAGAGGGUCACUUUGGGAACAGUUGGUUUUGUCAGGCCUGUUGUCAUUUUUGGACCUUUAGCAGACAUUGCCCGAGACCAUCUCAAGGGUGCCCUGCCUGAUAAAUUUGAGAAUCCACUCACAGAACACACUUUUGACAGGCAUCCAGGUGAACAACUGAAGAUAAAUCCACAAGGCAUGGUUAAGAUUGGUUCAAUCAAAGACAUCAUUGACAAGGGUAAACAUUGUCUGCUUGAUGUGACACCAUUCGCUGUGGAGCAACUGAACCUGAUGCAGUACUACCCCAUUGUUAUCUUCUUGAAUGCUGAUUCUCGUUCCAUGGUCAAGGAGAUCAGAGGACAAUACAUGAGUCCUGAACAGAACAAGGGUUCCAAGAAGCUCUACAAGACUAGUCUGGUCCUCAAGAAGGCCUUUGCACAUCUCUUUACAGCAAUGAUUCCUCUGACCACUGAUGAAGCAUGGCUCCAGAAUGUCAAAGAUGCUAUUAGGAUACAACAGAGGAAAGAAAUCUGGAUGUCAGAGACCAAGUAUGAGGAGCCUGAGGCAGAUGAGAGUCAUCUACCUCUGGUGGGCCCUAUUAUCCUGCCAGCUGACUAUGAUACCGAUGCUGAAUCCAUCAUGCCUGACUCCCAUGGCAAUAGUACCAUCGACUCUGACAUUGAACAACUGUCUCCAACAGUCACUGCAAACACUUCAGCCACCCCUGGUGCUGCCUCGGAGAGCUCAUUCAAUUUCAAUGAGAAAGAAGUGAAAGCUAGCCUUCCCAAGACAGAUCCUCCUCCCAAGAGAUAUUCAUCAGAUGAGGAAGAAUAUCCAUCAAGUUUUGACCGCAGACGCAAAUCUCGAUCCCGUUCCAAGAAGAAGGAGAGUAUCUGGUCAUCUCUCAGACGGAGCAUGUCCCGCUCUCGCUCCCGAUCUCGGGAUAGGAGAGAGGAAGCGAGGGAGAUAGAAAGGGAGGAAGCUGAAGAGGCGCGGAGAGAGCAGGAAAGAGAAGAGAGGGAAAGGAUGAGGGAAGAGGAGAGGAACAAGCGAAAUACUUUAGAACGUGAGAGGAUGGAGAUGUCAUUUGAGCCUGAGGAGCGUCCUUCAAAGAAAGACCAACAGCGUCGCCGAGAUGAGGCCAGGGAGAUUGCAGAGGAAGCCCUUAACUCGAGGGGCAAGUCACAAGGUCAGGAAGAUCUGAGUGCUCUUAGCGAUACAAUCAACCUUAGCACCCUUGCUGAUGAGUUCAAGUCCUUUGGUAUUGGUGGUGAUGUAAGUGUCAAUGGUCACAUGGAGCCAGAGCCGCAACAUAUCCAUGCCUCGCUGGAUGUAGAGGUGGAGUCAGCUCCUCCAUCAGCAUUCAGACCACAACCGCAACCCAGGGAAUCCAAGGCCAAACCUAUCCAACCUGUAGUCUCAAUGGUUCAACAUUCAGCACCCAUCGAGACAGACCUUGAUGCUAUUGAUCCUCCUACAGAUGACUUUGACCUGUUGCCUCCAGCACCAAAAACCCCAGUCCUAGAGACAACAUUUGGGCCAGAAGAUGAUGACGACAGCGAUGAUGAUGAGGGUCCACCUCCCCCUGCAAGAAUGGAACCAGCUCCAACAGAGACUCGUCCAGCAGAGCCAGCAUCUCGUCCCAGGAGAGUAACUCCAAUGCAAACCCCAGAAAGUCGUUCUGAACCAUCUCGCCCCAGGAGGACACCAAAUACCUCAAUAUCCAAGCCUGAGGUUCGUCCUGAAGAAUUGUCUUUUUCAGCAGAAGUUUCACGACCAUCAGCAGAAAAAUCACGACCAAAGAGGGUGCCGAUAUCUCGUCCAUCCGAGCCUGCUGUUGAUAUUUCUGCUCCCAGCUGGGAGAUCCCAGAAUUUCAGGAACCAACACAGUCAUUGCCCCCUGCACGACCUCCACCUCCCCCACCAGAAGAAGAAGAGUUACCACCACCUAAACCAGAGCUACCCCCACCCAAACCAGAGCUACCCCCUCCAAAACCAGUAGAGCCUGUAUACAGUCAGGUACAAAAGAGCAAACCCAGUCCACGUGCUAGUCCUCUAGGUUGGGACCACAGUGAGGUACAGAAGAGUAAGCCAAGUCCUAGGGCUAGUCCAAGAGGAUGGGACUUACCUGCAAAGGUAGAGCCCCCACCACCUGCUAAGCCUGCUUUCCAGACCUCAACACCAGCCACCAGCAGUCCAAAAUGGGAGAGGAAAGCAGAACCAGACGUGCAGACUAUAAAAGUUGGGUCGGGAUAUGUUAAUGCUGAGGUCAAGACAGUAGACCUUGGCGGUGAUAAGUCAGAGGAUGAGGUGUCCGCCGAUGCAUACCGUAACCAGCUUGCAAAAAUGGCCAAUAUGAUCAAGCGAAGCGAUAGCCCACGUGGUUGGUCAAGCGCUACCAAAUCGGCUUCUCAAAUCCGGCCAGUUAGAGCACCCAAACCACCAACAACGGGACAGACUGGAAAUGCCUACUUGGACAGUAAAAAGGCAAGGGAGAAUUUCUUUAAUACUCCUUCAGAGAUUAAUGCCCCACCCAGAGCUCCUGGAUCCCCUUAUGACAAGGAAUCUUACAAGGCACAUAAGGAGAGAACCAAGAAGAGAUCACAGUCUCCAGGAAGGCAGUACCAGGAGCGGACAGGAAUCUACCCACCACAGAACAGCUAUGACAAGAAGAAACCAUUAUUCAAACCCAUCCCAGUAGAUGAGGUAGCCUUGAGAUCUGAUGAGGGCCAAGAGGUUGUGGAUACAGUCAGAGGAACCUUUGAUGGCAAUGGUGGUGUCCUUGAUUCCCCUUCUACUGGAGUGAGCAUCCACAUCCCUAAGGGUGCAAUCCCUGAUGGAUACAGCCAGGAACUCUACUUCAAGGUCUGCAGAGAUAACAGUAUGCUGCCUCCACUGGACAAAAACAAAGGAGAGACGCUACUGAGCCCUCUGGUGAUGUGCGGCCCCCAUGGUCUCAAGUUCAUGAAACCUGUGGAGUUGAAGUUGCCUCACUCUGCAUCCAACACCCAAGAAGGUUGGGAAUUUAACCUCAAGUCUAGUGAUGCAGGACAAGGAGAGCCUGCACAAUGGAAGAACCAGAACAUCCCUGGCCUGAAGAGCAAUGAGUCCAAACCUAUCACCAAGACUGUGUCUGUCAUGGUAGAUCACUUCUAAAGAUCAUCUCUGUCACCACUCCCAGAACGUAGAACAUUAUGGUAAUGGCUCAUGAGAAAUGUAUUCCAAUAUCAAUCUACUAAUGAGGUCUUCUUGUAGCUCAUAAGACCACCCACCCCAUUCCUGGAGAAGUAGAACCUAUGGACUGGACCUUGAUAAUGAAGACUGAUGAUGAAACAAUGAAUUGAUGUGAAUGUUAACCUACAAGGAGGGAGAUCUUCCCAUGCAGAAGUGGUCUUUAACUUGGAAACUCAAGAACAUAUUCCCAUUCCUCAGGUUGGAAUCUUCCUGGAGGCAAUUCACAAAUGUAUUCAUUAUCAACUAAUUGCCGCGAUAUGAUCACGUAGCAUACAGAAUGAAACCUCUUACACAAUGUUUAUUCCGAGAGCUGUAGGGCUCAUGACUGGUUGUCUGAAGUGAUAAUUAACAAAUGUAUUCAAUUUCUACUUUUAGUGAGAUCACCCACAGCAAGAUUGUCAAAUGUUGUAUUAUGUAACAUAUAAACCUCUGAGACCAUGUGUCUAUUCCCAAAGUCAUAGAGCAUGGAGAGGGUUUACAAUGGAUGACUUUAGAUGCCAACCUUCAUACUGCAAAACUGUCUAGAUGUAACGUGCAGAACGAUAUUUAAUUGGACCAUACUCCCUCUUGUAGUGUCAAAUGAUGAUAAUUGUGUUCAUAAACAAUUUAUGGAUCAUCCUAUACAAUGAGAGCAAGGUUUUCAGGUGUACAUGUAGUUCUGUAUGUAACAUUCAGGAUUAAACUUGCUUUCUUCACUUGUGCCCUGUAAUAUGAAUAAUACAAUUAAUCUUAGAUUGAAUUGCAAUUGUUAUCAAUGUCUGUUGCAUCUACGUGCUAAAGACAUGAUAGUGAUCAUAAGGUUAUUUGUGUCUAUUUGUUUUACAUUGUGCCAUAAUGACACAUUUGUGCCUUUAGGGAAAAGCCAAAAAUUCAGAUACACUUUAUGAAUCAUUGAUUAGUGUUCAUUGUGUUGUAUAUGUUAGAGGUAACAUGAGAAUUCAGACAACAUGAUUUUUAUAGCAGCUUAAAUAAGACCAAUGAAUAUCGACUGGAACUUUGCCAUUCCUUUUUCAUGAUCUAGAUAGAUAUAAUUAAACAUAUUAAUUUGUAUCUUAUUUUAAAUUCUUGAUGCCUUAAACUUAAAUGAGAAAUAUCAAAUGAGUACAGUAAAGAGAAUUUCAGCAUUGUUUUCUUAAUUCAUUACCAGUUGUAGAAAUGUAGAAAAUUCAGUUUCUGUCCAUUAUCCAUGUACUACUUUGUUGUAUUCAUAUUAUGUACCCCCUUGAUGUUGUAAAUACAGUACUUUGCGUAUUCCAGUACAAUACCUGAUUUUGUACCACAAUCCAACAGUACAUACUUUAGAUUAUAUCUUAUUUUAUUCAUUCCAGUUGGCUUUAACCAUGUAUUGUAUUCUUUGAAAUUGCAACAUCAAUACUACUAAUGUACAAUAAGUUGUAUUCCCCUUCUGUUGUAAUGUUUUUCUUUUCAUUUUAGCUUAAUAGCAGAUGUAGGGAUCUCUGAAUGUGACAAUGCUACAUGUGGGAAUGUUACUAGAAUGUUACCACUACAUGUAUAGCCCACACUGCGCUUGAUUUCUCAUUUUCUACUAUCCCCAUUUCUACCAUUGUGACUUAUGAGUUUAUGCACUUAUUUGUACAAUUAUUCUCAUUAACUAAUGAUUGUGUUCUCCCAAUCAUGUCAAAAUAACAGGAUCAGUGUACUUUAAAAAAAUAAUUGAUCAACCUCUUAGCUAAGUUCUUCCAAACAUGAUACACAAGAUUUUAUUGUCCUUUUUGAAUGAAGCAUUUAUAUAUUCCCUAUGAUGAAUUUGUUGUAGGACAAAUUGGAUGAUAUUGUUAAAUUAUUAUGUCACAUACGUAAGGUCCACACAUAAUGUACAUUUUUUUUACACUAAUAAGUAGUGCCUUUACUAGCAGUCAUUGAUUGAAAUUUAUAAGAUGUAAAUAGUAUUCUGCAGUUGGCUGGAUAUGAGACUAGGAAUCAUCCUAGAGACCUUACUCUGUUAAGACUCCAAUGUAAAUGAGGAAAUCUUUAAUGUCCAACUGCAGUUGUAAAUAUUGAUGUAGAUUUCAAAUCAUGAAUAUGAAAUUGUACACAUUUAGUUUAUUUUUUAGUCUAAUCAAAGUAUUACUAUGUAUUGGAAUGAUUGCUUAUUUGCAUUAACAUAAUACCUUUCUCUCUCUAUUGUUUCAGAUUUUGUGAUUGUAAAUUCCUUAUUUUAUAUUCAAUUAUUUGUUACUAAUCAAAUUGAUUACUAUGUAGAAAAUCCUACCUCUAUUAAUUGCAUCUGAUUUCUAAGAGUAGUUUCUUUCUGUUAAUUUUCAAAUACAAGCUUUUCAAUUGUUUUAGGAGAAUUUGAAAGUUUUUUUGAUUGUCAGGCUUGUUAAUUUUUUUUUCUUACUGUAAAUUUCUUUGCAUACACAUUGUUUGGUUAUGUAAGUUCAUAUUUCAACAGUGAAUGUGGUCUGCUACAAAGUAUGCUUGAAUGGCUUUGAAGAUGUCAACAUAUCUUUAUUGUAACUCAUGGGUGUGAUUGCUAGUUGAACCAACUGGGAAAUGAAUGGCCUUGAAAGGGAAUUUAGAUGGGUCAAGGUUUAUUCAAAUUCAGCAUGACAAAACGUAACAACAUACACAGCAACAUUCUGUAUACAAAGUCAAUAGAAAAUGAGGUGAUCAAACAAGAGCAACAGAGCCUAGAAAUAUUAUUUUGUCUCCUAGCUGCAAGAAGUUGUGAAACUAUUGAAUUCUAAAAAGCUGAAGGAGAGUGUGAUGUUACAAGUUGUCAUGCAACUUUUUGCAAUCUUUAGGAAUUAUUCAUCAAGAGUGGGAUGAUUUGACAUGCCUUUCUAACAAUACAAAUGUUUUUUUUUGCUAAAGCAUAUCUGCUUAAACUAUUGCAUCAUGUCAUAACGAGGCCUCAUCCCAGGAUAUCAACUUCAAAUGAGGCAAUUACUUCCAUGUUAUAGGCUUAACCUCGUGCAGUUUUAUUUUUCAGUUUGUCUUAGAUAUUAUUGUGACUUCGUUCUUUUUAUUCACAACACAAUGCUCGUCAGCCUGUUUGAUAUCACUAAUAUAGCCUCUAUUGUUUGGAUCCUGUCUGUGUUCAUGUUUGUUGUGAUCAAAAUCUUUAAAACCAACCAGUGAAUAUAUCAUUCCUCCUAGCAUGAAAAUGACUCUCAUUACGUGUAAAUAGAACAUGUUUUGUAUAUGAUAAUUUAGCAUCAGAUGGAUUUUCCUUUUUUUGGUUUCCGAUACACUUUCAACUUUCCCCAUCAUUUUACCAUGCACUAGACUUUAUAUCAACAUCUAAUUCAUCAUUCAUGGUCUACCCAAUAUAGGAAAAUAGGUAUUAUAGUUGUUGCUUCCAUUGUGAAAAUGCAUCACUGCUUUUGUAACAUCCAAUGCACAGUUUGAUUUUAUGAAGUAAUUAAAUACAUUUUUUUAAUAAAUAUUUUUCUAGCAAAUAUUUAAGGUUCUAUUAUAGUAUUCAUGAAGAUAACAUGUAUUCACUAAAUCUGCUUGAUAAUUGUAUGAUUAAAAAUGUGUUGUAUCUUGAAAAAUUGUAUUGUAAUAGAGGCAUCAAUAUCUAUUCUAUUUUGCUGCUUUUAUAUAAAAAUAUAGUUAUUGCAGAUCACUUUUGUAUUAGUUUUACUAUACCUUUUCACUCUACGGGUGUUGGGCUUAUUAUGAUUAUGUAAUUUAAGGGUUCAUAUCGUCAUCUUGUGAUGAAAUAAAAUUUUAAACAAAAGUUUUCUUGAUGUGUUUGCAUUGAUUUAUUAUAGAAAAUAUAUUUGUCACCCUCAUGAGAACAUGUCUGAAGGAACAUUGGUCAUACAUUGGAAUAUUUAAUGGCACAGAGAUUAUGACCAUCUACUAUUGAUCAAUGAUGGUAAAUCAGAUCGAUUUCAUAAAUAUAAAAACUUGUAUAUCCAUAGACAUUUGAAAGUGCUCAUUUUGAAAUGUACUGUACGCAGACAGUACUCUAUUUGCUUAUAAUGAGCAGAUACAUUGCUUUCCACAAAACUUUUUUUAAUAUUUGAAGCCUUUUGAUUCCCCUUAUGGUUUUUAAAAUGAAUGAUAUCCAGCACAUCUGAUAUGAAACAUAAUUUCAAUUUCUAACAAAAUUCACAUUGCACUGACUUAUUUAUCGCAGAAAAUGCCUGGUUAUGCAACACUGAAAAAAAAGAAACAGACGCUAGUAUGUUGUGAGGUUGAAUAUUUUUAAGCAGAUGUAUUUCAUACAAAAUACCAACUCGAGGGGUUGAAUUUAUACAAAUGAAUGGACUUCACUACUAUCAAUUUUAGUCUGCUUUAAUAGAGCUAUGGAAAUUUCAUCAAAAUAAAAUGACAUUUUAAUUUUUCAUUUAUUCUUCCACAUGCACAUCCUGGUUGUAUGGAAAUGAGGGAUAAAUUGUCACACAAGGCUUCUAAUGUAUUCUGUCAGGAUAUAUUAUAUUUUUCAAUGACUUUAUGAAAAUGCAACUUCACUCAAUUUAGUUCAAGAUAUUUUGAGACAUUAUUUGACAGAUGCAUUCUGACCUUCAUCAAAGAAAUUUUACAGACCAGUGGGGAACGGUUCAUAAAGCUUUUCUUUAGUUACACAUAACCUUAUCAAAGUUCCAACAGUGUUUAUAAUCCAAAGGGUCAUUAGAUGCCUGUAAAAUACAAGACUUAUAUGAAACACCUACCUGGGCCCUGUAACACAAUAGUUAGCUAUAAAUCUCUACUUUGAAAGAGCAAUUUUGAUUGGUUCCUAGCUAGUCUGAACAAACUAAAUACAAAAAUAUUCUCGAUAGGCUAUUUCAUAAUAGUGAUUAUACUACAGGGCACAGAUUAUGCAAAUAACAUUUGUUAUAACAAUAUUACCUUUUUCAUUCUUAAUUGAAUUUCUCCUCUAAGUAAAAGGGUAUAUUUUGCCCUAAGAGAUUUAACAGAAUAGGCAGAUCCACCUGUAUAGCUAUAAAAGCAUAAUUUCAUUGAUGACAAAACUGCAUCCACUAAGCAUGAUCUCAAUGCAAAAUUCACUCUUAAAAAAAAUUAAUAUUGCAAUAUCUAAUGAGCUCAUUAGAAUUUAAGAAAAGGGGUUAUAGACAUAAAAAAAUUAGGAAGUACAUUGCAAAAAAGAGAAAUAAAUUCAUGUGAAAGACCCGUCUGUGCACCAACAAAAUGACAAUCACUUUUAGGUGAAUACCAAAUAGAAUUCAGGUGAUGUCUAGUUAAAAUUUAAAAAGUAAUACACUGUUCAUGUACACUUUAAAGAUAUCAGGCUUUUUGAGAGAAUUUGACAAUACAAAAAUCAUUUUAUCAUUAAAAAUACACCUACUUUUUAACAUAAAUUAAAAAAAAAUCCUAUUAGCAAGUUUUGGCAAUUUUGGAUGAUUGUGUCACAAAUUCCUUUCAAAUAUACCCUUAAAAAGUAACAUUACAGAGUACAAUGAUCAUUUCAUUGCUAUGAAAUAAUGAUAUAAAUGCAAUGAUGUAAAUUAUGACUGUAUAAUCUACUGUACAGGAAUAAGAGUGAUAAAAUACAAGCUUUGCAAUAUACAAUUAUAUACAUGAAUAUUUACAUAUAGUACACUGAAAGAACAUCAUACAACGCAAUAUAUACAGAUGCAUAAGAAGUCUUUUGUAAUGAAUGAAGAAAUUAAGAAACAAUGAAUAAAUAAAUAAAUCAAAAUGACAUACUGUAUCUACUCAGCAACAUAAAUGUAGUAAAGAUGGUUUUAGUGCACUGUAUUGAAAUCAUUGGAACAUAAACUUGAAAGCAGCCUAUUCAAUCUUGUUUCAGAAUGCCAAA